GUUGUCCUAAGGAGCCCAUUCGAAAGCUUGAAAGGAAAUCCUCCAACGGAAUCGACGAUACAGUUAAACUACUUAAGUCAACCUACAGCACCUCUAAAACCUUAACUCGUCGGAUCGUGUCACUACCACGUGGCUAUUAGGUAUCUAGAGCGCGGAAUUGAUCCGUCGCUAACUUCAAUUCAGCCCAACAAGUUUGCGGUUUGUCUUGCCUCAUCAACAGAUUCACGAAAAUAGCAAAAACAAAUCCUUUGCUUGCCUUACCUGCUUCGCUUACCUCUAAGAAACCUGAGAGGCGAUAAGUCAAGAUGACGUCGUCCAAUUCUAGCAACGAGCUUGAUUGCUCGCGAAAGGAGAUUCAUACAACCUUUGAUUAUGGAUUUGGAUUCAGCAAUGAUGGUAAUGCCGUUAGCGGGCAGGAUCUCACAUCUGGAAAGUCUAUGUAUGCUAAACUACAGCGCUUCGCUGGCAAGUUUGGUGUCGAACAACGAGGUAUCGAACGUGUCCCUACUGAUGAAAGAACGGACUCAAGUAUGGUACAAGUCGGAACACUGUGGUUUUCGGCGAAUAUGGUGGUUUCGUCAUUUGCUAUCGGUGCUCUAGCUCUGCCGGUAUACAACCUAGGUUUCGUCGACAGCGCUCUAACAAUCAUAUUUAUCAACCUUCUAGGCAUUGCGCCGGUGUGCCUCUUUUCGACUUUUGGACCCCGAUUCGGCCUUCGCCAGAUGAUAUUAUCCAGAUUCUUCUUCGGCUACUAUGGUGUGAAAUUAAUUGCCAUAUUCAAUAUCCUUGCUUGCCUUGGUUGGUCCGCUGUCAAUGUGAUUGUUGGCGCACAGUUCUUCCAUGCUGUCAACAGCGAUGUACCCGGUUGGGCCGGUAUUCUAGUCAUUGGCUUCGCAACGCUAGGAAUAACGACGUUUGGUUACAAGAUCGUCCACGCCUACGAGAAAUGGUCAUGGAUCCCCAUAUUCAUAAUAUUCAUGAUUGUUCUUGGCACCUUCGCCCAUAAAGGGGAAUUCAAUAGCCUCCUGCCCCUGAAGUCUGGACCCACUGAAGCCGGUGCCGUCCUUUCCUUCGCAGCUUCGGUCUUUGGUUUCGCUACAGGCUGGACAUCAUACGCCGCCGACUACACCGUAUAUCAGCCCGUAGACCGCUCUCGAAGAAGUGUCUUCCUUUGGACAUUCGGCGGUCUAUUCACCGCCCUCUGUUUCACCGAGCUCCUGGGCGCUGCAGUUGCCACAGCCAUGGCUACCAACAAGGCCUAUUAUACGGCGUACAACGAGGCACACAUUGGCGGCCUCCUAGCCCAAGUCCUUGUUCCGCCCCUGGGUCGAUUUGGCGAGUUCUGCGUCGUACUGCUAGGCCUAUCGAUUAUUGGUAACAACUGCCCGAAUGCCUACUCGGUAUCUCUCUCCCUACAAGCCCUAUCCGAACGCACCCGCCGCGUGCCCCGUUUCGCAUGGACGCUUGUUGGUACUGCUGUCUAUAUCGGCGUCGCGAUACCCGGCUACGACCACUUCGAAGAUGCACUCGAAAGCUUCAUGCUUAUCAUCGGCUACUGGCUUGCCAUAUAUGAAGGCGUGUCGCUUACCGAACACUUCGUCUUCCGCCGUGGUGAUCUCGCUCGAUAUAGUCCUGAGGAUUACGCCGAUGCGAAGCUCCUGCCACCUGGAUAUGCGGCUAUUGCGGCGUUCUUCAUGGGUGUUCUAGGUGCGAUACUAGGUAUGUCGCAGCCUUGGUUCACGGGCCCGAUUGGUGGACUUUGCGGUGCCGAUAUUGGGUUCGAGCUUGCGUUUGGGUUUGCGGCUGUGAGCUAUGUGGGCAUGAGAUCGGUGGAGAAGGGAUGGAUGAGGAGAUGACCUUGAACGAGUAAAAAUGCAUAUGGUAUAGACCCAAAGCGGGGGUUUUAGGGUUCGAAAACCCGGUAUAGGGGCGAUCGUUCGCAGGCCAUGUUUUUGUUUCUUGACGAUUUUGGUACUUGGACCUACUCUUAGCGGGUAGAGGGGUGUAAGUUAGGAGAUCAAGAGUAUACCAAUAUCAAGAGACGGCGAAGAGACGGAAGAAGAGGAGCAAUAGGGAUGUGGCAUGGCCACAUAAUAUCAGAGGAGGGAGAUAGGACCUACGUAGAUCUUAGAGGAGAGGUCGCGAUGUACGGUACGGUAUGUGUUCGAUACCACCCAUUUUUUUCUCAAUACGAUGAAAAUGAACAGAGUGGGGUGUUUUUAUAGACUUCUAUUUAUGUUAUAUUUAUAGUGUUUUGGGUGUUGUUUUAUUCAGUCAGUGCAUUGCUCUGAUUAUAAUGGAUAAAUACGGGUUCUCUGGGCGUCGUUAGUGUUACUCGUAUAGUACAUACGGCGCUGGUGGUACUACUUAACGACGUGGCCAUUGACUUUAGGGAAGCAAUCAAAUACAAGAAUUGAUGUCAGCAAGGUGGCUCAGUGGUGUCCCCUAUUCCACAAUUCUACUUAUAAAUAUCACUGCGAGGCAAUGUAAUGCGAGGCGGAAAAAGAAUAGCAUAAGUGUAUCUCUUUAAGUAA